AUGGACGACCAGAAUAUAUUCAGGGAUCGACUACCACUGCACACAACUCACCAACGAGUCGUGAAUCGCAGCAGAGAUAACUCACCGACACCUUCGAAAAGGGAUGAUGCAACUUCACCGUGUCGACGAGUGAUUGGUAGUGACGCCACAGCCUACCACACACAAUCACAACAGUUCUUGCUGGCACUCAAUAUUGCAGGGAUGGCUUCCUUUCUGCUGAUCACAGUCUUUGAUUUGUUUCAUGUCGACGUCUUUCUACGAGCCUACCGGCUGCCGCUGGAGACCUUUUCCACGGGGAACCUGAUAUUUUCCUUGAUCAAUACCACCACUGUGUUUUUGGGUGCCUGGUUGUUGGACUCGUUGGCAAGCCGAGGAAGACGGAGUGAUUUGAUUGGUGUGUCAGGAAUCUUGUUUGCCUUGGCCUUUUUGGCUCCAUUUUUUCGUUGGAAGGAGCCCUUGACUCGGUUUUGGGAUGGAGCCCAUUUUGUCUUAUCCAUUUCACUCUACGACACGAUAUCUGGGUUCAACAAAGUGUUGCUCGGAUCCUUGGUGACGGACAAUCAUCUCAUGACAGACAAGGAGCGGAUAUGGUUCAUGGCUUCGAGCCAGGUUGCCAAUUUGACGGUGGGAUUGUUUGUCGCUCGCAUUGGAUUGGAAGUAUUCGACGAGGAAAAUAUGCAUCGCUUUCAGAGAUUCUUAAAGUUCUUGGCGAGCGUCUCAGCAUUAAUGUUCUGCACCUCGCAAGUCUUGGCCAAGCAUGCCAUUCGUUCCGAGCGCAAAAAAGCCGAACGCAGAAAAGAAAAGGAUGAAGAUGAUACCACCACGGAACCUGUCCUAAUGUUUUCGGGUCCGUUUUCCGGUCCAAGACCGAAGCAACUCAAGCUGAGGCAAGCUAUCACAGAUCUUUGGAAUCACAAGAACUUUUGGUCCUGGAUCAAGAUGGAACUACUUUUGGAAAGUCAGGUGGGCUUUGUCAAUGCCUUCUUAAAGACCUUUAUAGAUCGGCUAGUAUUUGACGCUGGAAUGUCCAGAGACUAUUGCGAUUGGAUUUUGUCCGCCAUUCCACCUGCUGGACUCAUCUGUGGUGUCUUGACCUACAUUCCAAUCCGAACCUUUGGUUACCAUAGGGUCUAUCCAAUUCUGUUUGCUGCAAAUAUUGGACUAUGUUGUGGCAUGCUCCUGCUAGCAGAUCAUCAAUCGACAGACCAUAUCAUUUUCUUCCUGUUGGUAUAUCCAACAAUCACUGGUGCUGUGCAGUCGGCUGGUUUCCAUUUAGUCAUGUCGGAUAUGGUCCUCGAAAUGAAGAGAGUCCAUGCAUCAGAACAACGGUUCGAUCAACCCUCUUUGGCUGGUCUCUUCAUGGGUGUCAAUGCUCUCUUUUGCAAACCGGCCGCCUACAUGUUACCAAUCAUUGCUGCGUCCAGUUUGGGUGAUUCCGAAAUUUCCUUGGAAGAAUCCGAGCAUGGAUCCGAUCAUGUGCGAGAGAUUCUCUUUCGAUUGCUGAUAUGGCCACCCUUGAUGUUUUCGAUUUUGCAAUGGAUCGCUUGGAGAUCCUUUACUUUGAAUCCCGCAAAGACGAAACAAAUCAGAGAUGAAUUGAUUCGCACUGUGAGCGAUCGAACCAAACUGGGUAUCAACGCAUCAUCGUCAUCGCGCUAG